CAAUCUCUCCCUCUCUCCCACGUAAGCUUAAAUUCGCGGCUCGCGGUGUUCCGAAUAUAAGUGGUGUGCGCUCUGGAUAUGAGCUUCCGUGCGACAGAGAGUAAGAGAGAGAGAGAGAGAUAGAGAUAGAGAGAGAGAGGGGGAGAGAGACAGAGAGAAAUAGCUGGCCGGGAUCUACUCUUCUACCCAUUAUGCGCCUGAUGUGGAAAACGCUGGGACACUUCAAAGCUUAUAUAGCCUAUCCUGUCAAUACACUGCAGUGAGGAAUAUCUGUAUUUGUGGGAUUUACACCCCGGCUACCUUAGAACGUGGAAUUCCGUGCAGAAGACUUCUAGAAAAAGCGCUUAAUUUGUGCAUCCAUUAUCUUGGGCAACCGAAACUCAUCAAGAUAACCUUGACUUUUAAGCAGUAUUCACUGGAUACAAUAAAACGACGGUCAUAGACAAUUUUUCAAGAUAAAUAAAGAAAUAGGAAUUGGGAAUUAAGUUCAAAUUUUUUCCAGAUUGGUCAGGUUUUGAGAUGGGCAUGCAAGGCAUGGUUGAGGACCUCACUCGGUCGUCUCCCAGAAACAUGCUACUGGCGGCACUGACUCUCCUGGUCGCUUAUCACCUGUGGCUUUUGAUGCAAAAAUGGUUUAAUACUGAGGGUCUGCCGGGACCUUUCCCGUGGCCGAUCAUCGGUAAUGCGCCUCAGCUGGGCAACUCCCCUCACCUGAGCUUCGCCCGCAUGGCGCAGAAAUACGGCGAUGUUUUCCAAAUCAAGCUCGGGAGCCGCACUGUUGUGGUGCUCAACGGCGACGCGAUCAAGCAAGCACUCGUCAAGAAGGGGGUCGAUUUUGCGGGAAGACCUAACUUCACCUCCUUCCAGUUCGUUUCCAAUGGCAAGAGCAUGGCUUUUGGAGAUUAUAAUGAAUGGUGGAGGGUGCAUCGACGGAUUGCGCAUUCCACGGUGCGUGCUUUCUCCAGCGGGAACACGCACACUAAGAAAGCAUUCGAGAACCAUGCCAUGAACGAGAUGAGGGAAUUGGUCAACAUCUUUUUGAGUAAAACCGCGGAGCAGGGAUAUUUUAUACCACAUCAAUAUCUGGUCACUUCUACAGCGAACAUUAUGAGCGCUGUGUGCUUCGGAGACAGGUAUUCAUAUGAUGACAAGGAGUUUCAGCAGGUGGUGGGACGCAAUGACAAGUUUACCGAAACUGUCGGAGCUGGGAGCAUGGUGGAUGUGAUGCCCUGGCUACAGUACUUUCCCAACCCAAUCAGAACCCUUUUUGAACAAUUCAGAGAGCUUAAUGUGGAAUUUCACGACUUUAUCAUGGGGAAAGUUACGGAGCAUCGUAAAACUAUAGAGGCUGGCAUCAUCCGUGACAUGACCGAUGCUUUCAUUCAGGCGCUGGACAAAGGCAUUAGCGGACCCCUGGGGGUGGUAUCGGGUAAAGAAUAUGUGAGCCCCACUAUAAGUGAUAUCUUUGGGGCAAGCCAAGACACGCUGUCGACUGCAUUACAGUGGAUUUUUGUAAUACUCUUGAGGUAUCCUGAGAUACAAAAGCGCUUGCGAGAUGAAGUGGACCAGGUGGUCCAACGCACACAGUUGCCCUCCAUCGAAGAUCAGGAACGACUGCCGUAUGUGAUGGCCUUCAUCUAUGAAGUAAUGCGCUACACCAGUUUCGUUCCCGUCACCAUCCCCCACAGCACCACGUCGGACACCUCGAUAAAUGGCUACCGUAUCCCCAAGAACACAGUCAUCUUUGUCAACCAGUGGUCCAGCAACCACAACCCGAAGAGGUGGACACGACCUGAGGUUUUCGACCCGCUGCGCUUUCUGGACGAGAGUGGUGCUCUGGACAAGGACCAGACGAGCAACGUUUUGAUCUUCUCUGUGGGCAAGAGGCGCUGCAUCGGCGAGGAUCUGGCUAAGAUGCAUCUCUUCCUAUUCACCUCGCUGAUGGUACACCAGUGCGAGAUGAAAGCCGACCCAAGUCGUCCUAUUAGUAUGGACUACAGUUACGGCUUGACAUUGAAGCCCAAGUCGUACCGAGUGGCCAUCUCUCUUCGGGACAACCUGAAGCUACUGAAGAAUGUGGUCUCCUUACUUCAUGUGCAGACCGACGAAGCUGGAGAAACAAACUGAACAUAAAGUACAAUUUAUGUUAAAGAAUUUAGGGUUAUUUUCAACAGGCUUACAAGGAACGUGCCCCAGGCCUGUUGUUUUCAUAUGUGCACAGAUGAAUGGACAUUAAGACAAUUUGAUACUAUCUUUCAAAUUAAAAUGUCCGUAACUGCACCACUAUAAUGAAGGACUUUGAUACAAUCCCGCAACUGACGUUUUAACGAUAUUGUAAACUAAACAAUGGAUAAAGCAUAAUAUCCCGUCAGAAAGGAAUAUGGAGAACUCAGGUUUGGACAAUCUGGGGUUCAAGGAAGUCAAACACUCGAUUACCUAAACCUCUGUGAAGACACGUUAUCUCUAGAUUAAUGUUCCACGAUCAGUUGGUUAAUGUUACCAGCUCACGAUCGAUUGGUUAAUGUUACCAGCUCACGAUCGAUUCCUUGCUGUCAGGCUGUAACACAUCAAGACCAACACAUUUAAAAUGUAGAAAAAGAUGUGGGAUAUACUUCAUUAACAGAAAGCGACCGACUGGUCUGGAUUCAGAUGACACCAGUCUCAUUUGGAUAAUUCAGUGCAUAUCUUCAGCCUUGAUUGUGUCGCUUAAUUGGGCAUAUUACAUACAUGUACCAUAUAUAAUAUACUACAGCAUAUUCAAUCCGUUUUACACUAUAAUGUCAAAAGGUGCUUCUGAUCUUUAUCCAUAUUUUCUUCUCCACCCAAUCUCCAGUGCUCAUCCUGGGAAACGUAAAGAUAGACUCUCAGGGCAUAACUAUUAUAUUUAAAUGUAAUAUAUAUACAUAUAUAUGUAGAAUUUAACUUGUAAUCGACUUGUAAUAGACAAUUGAUCUAUGUUAGAUCUGUUUAUUUUCUAUAUUUUACACUGAUAAAUCAUGGAAAUAUUCCUGGAUCAUAAAGUGCUAUUAUAUAAAACAAUUCAGAAACUGUAACUUAAUACAAAUUAUACCAUAAUUUGUUCUAUAUAAGCUUGACCAACCAUACCGCUGCUCUUUUCUGUUCUGUACUGUAUGUUUUGUUAUUCAAACAGAUUUAUCAUCAGCUACAUAACAUUUUUCUCUUGCCUAACACAUGAAAAUUAUUAGGUUCACAACACCAGAAAACCUGCUAAUACUUAUUCCUUAAUAUUUAAAAUUGGGUUUGCAAAGAAAUGAGAUACAUAUAAUAAAUCUGCUACUUUCAGGGAUUGGGCAUUUUUACUUCCUCUAUAUCCAGCUGUUGAGUAGACAGACACAGAUAAAGAGUCUGGAUCUUCAUAUGUUGACUGAGGAUACACUGAAUAAAAUGUGAACUUUAGGAAA